AUGCCAUUGGGCCCAGACGUCAUACAUAAUGAGGUACCUCCUACCGGAGAAGGAGAAAUUGAAAGUAACAUGGUGAAUUGUGAAUCACGGGGAAAAAGGAGAUCAAGUGCAGAUAAGGUUACUAGUAGGAUCGCCACCAUUAUGGAAAACAGGGAUUCGAAUCUUCAGAUAAAAAUUAUCGAUGCUGGAAAAUCCAGUGAUUCUCAUUCGCAUCAACUGCAGAAUUAUGUUGUUUACUUGAUUCAACUUGGCACAGUCACUGUGAAAAGAAGAUACAGUGAAUUUGAAGCGUUAAGAAAAUGUUUGAAGAAAGAGUUCCCAACGUUAAUUAUCCCUCCAAUCCCUGAAAAGCAAUCACUUAAAUCAAACAUUGCAUUUACAACUACCAAUUCUUUUGGAUUUGCAUCUUCUGCUUUGUCUAACACGGAACAUAACAAUUCGGUCGUGGUUCCAAACAAAUCUAGCGACGGGACAAGGCCAAGUGAUUCGAUUCCGAUGGCAAAUUUGGUGGAAUAUAGAAAGCGGAUGCUAGCUGCUUUCUUGAACAAAAUAUUCAAGGUGGAGAGAUUAGCCGAAUCCAGAUUUUUUCUGAAUUUCCUUGAUCCAGAGGUCAGCUUCUUAGAUUACGUUACCAAUAAGGAGAAUAACCCACUUUAUAGAACGUCGAUAUACAGAUUAUCCCCAUCCCGUCCAUUGGAGAAUUUGGAAAACCAGUUAUAUUUGACUCUUCCGAUACCGUCCUCAGCAGAUUCUCAUCUAUUCAAGGAGCUUUCAGAAGAGGAGCAGUUUCAAAAGUUUGUGAGUUUUGAAGCGAAAUUCAUCAAAUACGAGCUUGUUUUGAGCAAUAUAUCCAAACUAAAUAAACACCUAAUGAAGCAUAUUGGUGAACUAAGCGAAGAGAUAUCCGAUUUAGGGUCGAGUUUUAGCCAGUUGUCCCUAAUCCAAGAUUCUACUUAUAUUGAAAACAUUGGGAGAUUGUUUGAGAGGCACAAAUUGCUAUUAUCAGCCCUUAACUCAUCUAUUAACAUUGGAUUUAUGGACAAACUAAUGGAACUAAAACACUUCAGUAUUACCUGCAAGGGCUUGAUGGAGUACAAUAGAAAGAAAAUCAUCCAAUAUAAACUAAUUGAGAAAGAUUUAUACAAUACACGAUCACGGUAUAAGAGAUAUGAAGUUGAAGAGAUUCGGAUACGUAAAAUAGACCAGAAGAUGGAAAAUGUAUUGCAUAAGGGUGACGGUGGGAACCACGAAAACGAUGAAAUUGUCGACCCUCCCAUUACAGAUGAAGAAUUACAAACAGCAUUAUACAGCAAGUCAUACAACAAACCUAUAUAUGGCAAAAUACCCGGUGUUAGUAAGCUCAAUAACAUUAUUUUGAAGUAUGUCAGUGAUCCCAAUCCCGAUGAGACACGAAGAACAAAAUUUUAUAAUCUUAAGUUGCGUUUAUUUCAACUUGAAAGACAGUAUCAAAUUACACAGCAAGAUUUGGGUUUGAUCAAUUCCGCUGUGAUGUCCGAACUCGAAGUUUUUCACAAUUGGUUCAAAGAGGAGCUCAGAAAACUGGUUUUAGCAUACAACAAAUUCUUCAAAGAAUACUUCAUGAAGAGUAGAGACAGUUGGAUUGAAACAAAUAGUGACUGA